CCGGUGUCCGUAUAACGAGGGAUGGACGUGCGCAUUUAGAGUUUUGUUUAGGGGCGCCCUCUGCUGGCCAGAGAGGGAACUUCCCGAAACGGAUGUCGGUUUUAUAGUCGUUGUCAUGUAUGUAUCGUUACUCAGUCGACACUCAGAGCGGAAAAGUUUGUCUGUGUCGAGGAUUUGCUUUAUUGCUCUCGCGGCUCAGUGCUAUUGAAAAAAAAACACCGAGAAACGUACAGUUUUAAGAGUGAGAAGAAGCGUGUGCAGUCCGGUAACUGACGCGGGCCGCGGCCGAAGGUCGCUGUUCCUUUAAGAGCUGCACGUUCCAGGAAGGACACGCGCUCAAAAAGGGGAAGGGAAAGUAGGCGCGAACGCGUUUCUUUUGAAGGGGAGCGCGAAACUUUGUGGGGGGUGGGAGGGGAAACAUACAUGUAAAUUCAGCGUUUAAAUAUAUUGAUAUGAUAGGUAGGUAGGUAGGUCGCGUUUUAAAAACCAGUGACGUCACUCCGUCCGACGAGUUUAUUUCCUUAACUUGGCGAAAGUGAAAGUUGACGUGAGGCGCUCGUCACGGGAGCAGCGGGUGGGGGGUGUCGCGUAGACAAGCCAAGGCUAGCGCGGAAAGAAAAAAAAAAAAAAAAAAAAACGUCCGUUCAGGUUCCCCAAACUUAAACUAACUAAGUCUUAGUUGUGCGUUUCCAUCCGAACAUGAGCGGCUGGGAGCCCGUCCUGCUGCGCAUUUCCGAGGGCCUCAGUCCGGACAACCUAGAGGCCAUGAAGUUCCUCUGCCGAAACGACAUCGGGAAGAAGCGGCUGGAGACCAUCAAGAGCGGCAUCCAGCUCUUCCAGUGCCUGUCCGAGAUGAACAAGGUGGGCGCGCGCGACACGGCCUUCCUGCGCGCGCUCCUCGAGGACAUCCAGCGGCCCGACCUCGUGGAUCUGCUGGAGAAAUUCGACAGGUGCGGACCACCUGGUUCCGGAGAGCUGCCGGACGCCAAGGAACAAGAAAAAUUGAAUAUCGCAACCGAGGUCAUCGUUGACAACAUGGGGAGGGACUGGCGGAUGUUCGGCCGGAAACUGGGCAUCUCGGAUGCCAGACUAGACCACGUACGAGAGAAGCACCCGUUCAACUUGAAGGAGCAGGUGGUGGAGUUGCUGCGGGAGUGGCGUGCGAUGCGCAAGGCAGAAGCACGGGUCGAAGCCCUGAUUGAGGCACUGCGGGCCUGCCGCCUGAACUUGACAGCUGACCUGGUAGAAAAGGAGGUCUCGGAGCGAAACGUCACACAGUGAGACUGUAUUUAGAGUCGCGUUUCCAAUGUUUACAUGCUGUGAGAUCAUUGAGUAGAGACCUACGAUAGUGGGAGUAUUCUAAUGACAUAGUUUGAGAUGAUUUCAUUAGAUGUAAUUAGAUAUAAUUAGAUGGUUGCAGGCAUGAAUUGAACUUUGUCUGUUAUUGGUUGGUGUUCGGCAGACACUGAAACCAGUGCUUUUUUUUUUUUUUUUUUUUUUAAAAA